CUGCAUGGCAGUGGGCUGUACACCAGGAUCUCCCCUUGAGCAGGGAUGCCUCUCCAGGUUACUUCUCAAGACUCAGAGAUUCCUUGCCACAACAGAUCCUCGGCUGUUCCGUCUUCUCAGAAAGAACCACUCCAUGUACCCGAUGCUCACUCUGCUGGGCCUUGCGGCCCUCCUGGGUGCCUCCCAGGGCCGCACAGAUUGCUACGGCAGCGUCGACAGGAUUAAAACCCCUGGGGCUUCAUGUAAAACUGCCAAGCCAGAGGGUUUAUCCUACUGUGGAGUUCAGGCCUCACAAAAGAUUGCUGAAAGGGACCUAAAAGCUAUGGAUCAGUACAAAGCACUCAUUAAGAAAGCUGGAGAAAAAUGGUGUGUUGAACCAGCCGUGAUUGCUGGCAUCAUCUCCCGGGAAUCUCAUGUUGGCAAAAUAUUGAAGGACGGCUGGGGUGACAAUGGAAAUGGAUUUGGUUUAAUGCAGGUCGACAAAAGAUCACACAAACCUGUGGGAAAAUGGAACAGUGAAGCUCAUCUUAUGCAGGGCACAGAGAUACUUGUCUCGAUGAUAAAGAAAAUGCAGAAGUUCUCAACCUGGACAAAGGAUCAACAGCUGAAAGGUGGGAUUUCUGCCUACAACGCUGGUGCUGGGAAUGUCCGAAGCUAUGACAGAAUGGACGUUGGCACCACCCAUGAUGACUACUCCAACGAUGUGGUGGCACGAGCCCAGUAUUACAAGAAACACGGAUACUAGACUCAGCAAUCUCUACUGAGUAACUUCCUUACCAUCACAUGCACGACUCUGAGGGAGCCAAGACACAGAGCAGCUGUACCCUGCAAACCCACACAGAUACAAAUGUACAGGAAUUAUUUACAUGCAUAACAGGCUAAAGCCCCAAAUUUUUAAAACAAUAUUCAGUAAGACAGAUGUCAUGCCGUUUCUUUACAAGCAAUAUGGUUUGGAUUUUACAAAGGGAAUAUUGCCAAAUUCUUAAUAUUUUUUUCUCCUACGUACAUAUUUCGCUGAGUUACGAGGACUGUCUUGUUUUCCUGUUGAUAAUUUGCUGCCUUCCAGAUCUUAAAACACAUUUCUGCCAAAAUCUGUCAUUCUCAAGAAACCAAAAAGGCAAAAUUCUUCCUUGGGUGUUAGCAUCAUGAUUUAUUUUUUCUUUUUCAAAGCUGCUGGAUAUUUACAUUAUGCUGUGGAGUAGCAAUUUUUUUCCAAAUGUUAACUUCUCAUAUAAAUGCAUAAAAUAGAGAUGGAUGCUUUCGGUCAUAUAGAAAUAAGCAAAGAGAAAUUGAAUAAAAAUGUUAUUAGCAAAUGAAACAUGUCUCCAAUGUAUUCACAUUGUUAUGUGUGUUAGCAAAGUUUGGAUAAGUACAAUGUUAAUUUUAGGCAGAUAGAGAAACUGAGAAGGGAACAGGAUGAAACACAUGUUUGCGCUUCAUAAAAUUCUUUUUCCUCCCUGCUGCAUGUAGAUGAGUGACACCCAGGGAAAAUAGCAAUGUCUGAGUUUGGCAUAUUUUGGUGCUCCUAUUCCUUCUAGACCUGGAACUGAACUGUUUUGGGGGUGGGAGAGUGGAAAGGCAAGGAAAGGAGAAGGGUUGAUGCCUGCAGAACUAAGUGACACAUUCUCCAGAGAAAAAGGAAGAGCUGGUUUUGGUCUGUCCCACCAACAUCUGCUUGCAUGCUGAGGGGACUUCCUUUAUUCUUCCAUGAUGAGCACACCUUCUGUGACUGGGAAUAACUGUAUGUCAAAAUAAUUAGGAAA